ACCUCUUGAGAAAUAUAAAAUAUCUGGAAACUCGUGGGCGAGACAAGCGUGAGUGAUAAGGAGGGCACCAACAGCUGCUCAAAGCCACCGCUUGGCCACCGUGUGCGUGACCGUGUUGUGAAAGUGAACCGAUUGAACUGCUUCGAUCAGAUGCAAAACUGAUGCGACUCUGGCGUUGCGUUUUGUAUUUUUGCAUUGUCAACUUUUGGGAGGACGACGCGCAGCUGACGCUAAUGUCUGCCACUCGCGGAAACUGCCAGAGCGGAGUAGAAAGCUGGUGGAAGCUUGCUCAUUGCGUGUAGAAAUGCAGACGCCCUUGUUUAGAACACAUAGGUUUCCAUUCGCCGUGCUUCUAGCUUUUCUCAUCGAGUCGGCACAGUGCCUUGACAAUGGACUGGCGUUAACUCCGCCGAUGGGAUGGAUGUCAUGGGAGAGGUUUCGGUGCAAUAUCGACUGCUACAAGGAUCCGGACAAUUGUUUAAGUGAGAAGCUGUUUAUGAAGAUGGCAGAUCAUCUCGCUGAAGAUGGAUAUCGAGACGCUGGGUAUGUUUACCUUAUCAUCGAUGACUGUUGGUCCGAACGACAACGAACCAAUGAUGGCUACCUGAUGGCUGAUUUGGAAAGAUUCCCCCGUGGACUGAACUUUCUAGCAGACUACAUUCACAGUAAAGGUCUGAAGUUCGGAAUGUAUACAAACUACGGGCAUUCCACUUGUAUGGGUUUUCCUGGUACGGAGGAUCACGAUAUGGAGAAAGAUGCCGACAGGUUUGCCUCGUGGAAUAUAGACUACCUCAAGGUGGACGGGUGCCACACGUCGGCAAAGCAGCAGAGCAAAGGUUACACAAGAUUUUCCGAGUACCUGAACAAGACGAACCGUCCGAUAGUGUACUCCUGCAGCUGGCCGUAUUAUGAUUUGUUCCUUAACAAAGUUGAGCCAAACUUUCCUCAGUUGGAGAAAGACUGCAACCUCUGGAGAAACUACCAUGACAUACGUGAUAGUUGGUUCAUGAUUGAGUCAGUUAUAAAUUUUUUUGGGGACAACCAGGAAGUCUUUGCCAAGUAUGCUGGUCCAGGACAUUGGAAUGACGCAGAUAUGCUUAUGAUAGGGAACUUCAGGUUGACACAAGAGCAAGCAGAGGUACAGAUGGCAUUGUGGGCUAUCCUUGCCAGUCCACUGCUGAUGUCAAAUGAUCUAAGGAAGAUCCCAGAAGCAGCUAAGAAGCUACUGCAGCACAAGGAAAUAAUUGCCAUAAACCAGGACCCACUUGGCAUUCAAGGCAAACGAGCCUUCAUGGACAAGGGUGUCAGCGUCUGGCUGAGGCCCAUAACACCCCUGGUAGAGGGCAUGCACUCAUAUGCUAUCGCCGUUAUCAACCACAACACAUCAUACUCUGCUCAAGUGUGGCUGCCACUGGAUCAGCUUGGCUUGAACCACACAAGGGGCUACUGGUUCCGGAAUGUCAUUGCCAUGCAGGACUUGGGCACUUACCUUCCGCACAAUCGGCACGAAGCAAGCGUUCCAUCUACGGGUGUCGUGCUACUCAAGGCUGUGCCUAACAGUGGUUGAAAGUGCCGAUGUCCCACAGCGGCAGGUGUGCAAGUUUUCCUUGCAACAUUUUUUACAAGCACCAAAGGUGGCCAUCACAUAGAAAAUGCUGCAUGGUGUAGGAACAUUCAAUGGCUCUGCAUGAGUCCGUUCGUCUGCAACACAAGAAGCAUCUGCAUUCUUUUCAUCUGCCUUCACCACAGCGAGAGGUAAUAUGGCCUUAUGCAAGACACUCUGCUGUGCUGUUGUUCUUGUUGCUUGAAGAUCACAUCUCAUAUCUUUUGUACAUUGUUGCACAUAUCAAAGUCCAGUCUACAUUAUCUUACAAAGGGGCUUAGCUCUUCUUUUUGUAUACGGACUUUUUCCCUUUAUAACAGUUGUUACUGCAUAUUGGUGCCUUAAGAAUUCUUCAAAGUACAUUGUCUGCAGAAUUGUCGACCACUUUUGUCAAUGCGUUUUGUGGUUUGCAGUGACGCAGGCUGUAUUGACAGACUUCUGACUGUUUCCACGCUUCUAGCAUAUUGAAGUCCUUUUUGUUGCCAGCUAAUGUGGCUCAUUAAAGCAUGUUCAGCGUUGUCUGCUAGCAAAAGUACCUACUUUUGUUAGAAUUGCAUUGUUUAAGCAGUCUUGACUUUCAGUAUUGUGCCACUGCUUUAAGUGGACCAUGACAAUCUCUCUAAAGCGGUGACGAAAAAAAUUUCAGUUAUUAUGCAGGGUGGCACUUUUUACUUGCACCAAAUUUUGAAUUGCCUGUAGCAGUUAGCACUAUUCUAACCUUUAUCUCAAUUACUUCAUGAGGCAGCCAUUACUUCUUUGAGAAAUCAAAAUGCCGCAUUGAAUGGUUUACAAAAUUAUGCAAAUUAACUUUUUAAUUAGUUAUGCUACUGCACAUAUUUCAAUCUACGAAUUGUUGCCAGUGGAUUCACAAGGCAUAUCCACUUGGAACGGAUUCUCAGAACACCACCAUUUUCAAGAUAUUAAUUUUGAAAGUGAUUGAUGAAAUCCAUUGCCGUUCCAGUUACUCUUUGGCUACAAACAACCGUUUUCUCAAAAAAGUAAGUAAAACAACAGUGCAUUUUUACCGCAACUUUGACGGCGCACAUUUCGGCCAUCGUCAGAAUUCGUUCAAAGUCUAUAUGCCUUGCGAACUCACUAGCUACAAUUAGUAGAUUUAACUAUUUUCCAUGAAGUAAUUAAUUAAAUUAAUUUGCACAGUUAUGUAAAUUAGUCAAUUGCAGAUUUAUAUUUCUUGUAGAAGUAAUGGCUGCCUCAAUGAGUAAUUUAGAUCAAGGAUUACAGUUGUGCUAUUUGCCACAGGCAAUUUUUAAAGACUUGGUGCAGCUUAAUGUACAUUGCAGAGGCUUUGGAUAUCUCCGGAAUUAUAGAAGCCCUGAAACACUUUUUUAUCAAAGUAGAGAAAGGCAUUUGAAACGAAAGUAGGCUACUUGAUAAAUACUUUUCCACAAAAUCUACUUCAAUGCAUUCAGCAGAAGCAAAGUUAUUGGCAACCAAAAAUGGCCUCUGCUGUGUUCUCGUUCCUUUUGCGAUGCCUUGCACAGCGAAGGCUACGGUGGAAUGGGGCGUGCCCACAACGCUUCACCUUCUAAAUGUCACCGUGGUGCGCAGCUCAAAUAUCAUUUGGGAUGUUAAUGUAGAUUCCCUAGCUUCCGAUUUUGGUGCCUACGACAUGCUAAAGGUAAGCCAAAUGUGGUUGUUCUCAGCGAGCCACAGUGCGCUUAGCCAGUGGACUCGUGGCGGCACCCCGUGGCAGCCGCGGUGUGUACUUUGCAUAGCCGACCGCAGCUACCUAUAGCAGCCGCGUAUGGGAAUCUGCUUUAUUACGAAAUAAAGCAUCCAGAAGAGAGUGAGGAGCAGGCUUCUGUUUAAAUAGAGAGCGAUCGAGAGAAAGGCGACUUUGAGCUCUGCUUGCGAGCUCCACGUACCACGUAUGACAGCAAAGCCUGGCUGAGAUGUUCAGUGUAUGCUACCCGUGGACUAUGUUAUUUCACCAAGCUCGAGGGGUGGUUCAGGACCCGUUUAAUUAUUGCUAAUGCAUGCAAUCUUGCUCUCGGAAACUCAAAACUCCACCACUUCUUUAAAGCAGUGCUGCAUUAUAAAGAGAUAAAUACGAUGAUAUCAGAAAGGGAACAGCAGUAUGGCUGCACGAGAUUUGCACAUGCCGACUGAUUCUGUUGCAAUUUUGCGUGACAAACAGCUACUGUAAGUGUCUUCUGUAGCAGUACAAGUGAGUGGUGCUCUCAAAUCAUAAGAAGCCAAUAAACACUGACACCAAGGACAACAUAGGGGAAAUUACUUGUGCUUAAUAAAUGAAAUAAAGAAACGAUAAAUUCAUGCAAAUGAAAGUGGAUGAAAAAACAACUUGCCAAAGGUGGAGAAUGAUCCCACAACGUUCGCAUUAUGCAUGCAAUGCUCUACCAAUUGAGCUACUGCAGCGCCGUUCCCGCUCCACUUUCUUAUGUAUUUAUGUUUCCUUGUAGAAGCCUGGGAGUGUUAGCCAGCGCCACCACUCACGUACCUUGGCGGCGGAUGUGGGACAUCCUUUCUGCCGCAGGCGUCACGAGAACAUGAUCUUUUUGGGUGAAGGCAGCCAGUCAAUAAACCCACACAUGCUACCUGAAAGCAUCAAUGUUGCCUGAUUCGAGACCCUCGUUAUGUGCGCCCAAUUUUUAUUAGUCAUAUCAUAAGAAGCCAACAAACACUGACCGCAAGGACAACAUAAGGGAAAUUACUUAUGCUUAAUAAAUGAAACAAAAAAUGAUGAAUUAAUGGAAAUGAAAGUGGAUGAAAAUCAACUUGCUGCAGAUGGGGAACGAUGGGAACCUUCGCGUAAUGCGAAGGUUGUGGCGCAAGUAAUUUCCCCUAUGUUGUCCUUGGUGUCAGUGUUUGUUGGCUUCUUACGAUAUGACUAAUAAAAAAUUAUAAAAAAUUGGGCCCCUCGGUUAAGCCCCUUUCUUCUCAUUUAUUACAUAAUGCGGAUAUCGAAUCCAGCAACAUUGAUGCCUUCAGGUAGCAUGUGUGGGUUUAUUGACCGGUUGUCUUCAACCAAAAAAGAUCAUGUUCUCAUGACGCCUGUGGCAGAAAGGAUGUUCCACAUCCGCCGCCAAGGUUUGUGAGUGGUGGCGCUGGCUAACACUCCCAGGGUUCUACUAGGAAACAUAAAUACAUAAGAAAGUGGAUGGGGAAACGGCGCCGCGGUAGCUCAAUUGGUAGAGCACCGCAUGCAUAAUGCGAUAGUUGUGGGAUGGUUCCCCACCUGCAGCAAGUUGUUUUUUCAUCCACUUUCAUUUCCAUUAAUUUAUCGUUUUUUUAUUUCAUUUAUUAAGCACAAGUAAUUUUCCCUAGGGUGUCCUUCGUGUCAGUGUUUGUUGGCUUCUUAUGAUAUGACAAAUAAAAAAUCGGACCCCUUGGUUAACCCCCUUUCUCCUCGUUCGGUGCUCUCAAAGUACUUUCACAGCAUUUUGAAAUACAUGUGGUGAUCUACUCCAAGCACAAUUCGGGACAGUUAGAAGAACAUGGAGGCCAUUUCUGUGUUGCUUACCUGGUCUUGCCUUUCACUACAGUACACUAUUCAAGACUCCACGAAAGCUCAACACAGAACAUAUUUUGAUGCAUUUUCAGUUUGGUGUCAUCUAGUGUGGGCUUGUUGAUUUUCACUGUGAAAUGACUGUGCUAUAAUUCACAAUCCAAUGUCUUCCAAUAGGUUAUCAGUCAAAGCAGGCAUGCCCGUGAUAUCAUGUGUGGUGGUGCAAAAUGGUUGCAUUGAUGCCUCUGACAACAUGCAGAAAUGUCAAAAAAUAACUACGUCCAAGUUUUUCUAAAGCAUUUGCAGGUGGCUGAGGAGUGCCAGUGUAUUACAGUAACACUUGUUAAAGCAGAAGAGCUUCCAUGGAUUAAUUUUUCACACGUAUAUCACAUAUAAUCUUCCUGUGUGAGAACUGCACAAAUUUGAAAUAUAUUCUGUGUGGAUAAUUGUUACUGGAUGAUCAUGACUGUGGCAAGAGAUGUGCUUCAGAUGUCUAAGGUGGUUUGGAAACAUUGUUUUUUUCAUCAUCAUCAUCAUUUUCAGCCUAUUUUAUGUCCACUGCAGGACGAAGGCCUUUCCCUGCAAUCUUCAAUUACCCCUGCCUUGCGCCAACCGAUUCCAACUAGCGCCCACGAAUUUCCUAAUUUCAUCGCUCCACCUAGACUUCUGCCAUCUUUGAAUGCAUUUCCUUUCUCUUAGUAUCCAUUCUGUAAACCUAAUGGUCCAGCAGUUAUCUAACCUGCGCAUUACAUGACCUGCCCAGCUCCAUCUUUCUCUCUUAAUGUCAAUUAGAAUAUUGUCUAUACCCAUUUGCUGUCUGAUCCAAACUGCUCUCCUUCUGUCUCUUACGGUUAUGCCUAGCAUUCUUCGUUCCUUCACUCUUUGCGGGGUCCUUACUUGGUCUCAAGCUUCUUUGUCAAUCUCCAAGUCUCUGCCUGAUUGGGUGAGGGAACAAACGCUAGUUAAUGACAUCUUAGUUGAAAUCAAAAAAAAGAAAUGGGCAUGGGCAGGACAUGUAAUGAGGAGGGAAGAUAACCGAUGGUCAUUAAGGGUUACGGACUGGAUUCCAAGGGAAGGGAAGCAUAGCAGGGGGCGGCAGAAAGUUAGGUGGGCGGAUGAGAUUAAGAAGUUUGCAGGGACGACAUGGCCACAAUUAGUACAUGACCGGGGUUGUUGGAGAAGAAUGGGAGAGACCUUUGCUCUGCAGUGGGCGUAACCAGGCUGAUGAUGAUGAUGAUGAAGUCUCUGCCCCCCAUGUCAGCAUUGGUAAAAUGCACUGAUUGUACACCUUCCUUUUCAAUGAUAAUGGUAAGCUUUCACUCAGGAGCUGACAAUGUCUGCCGUAUGCGAUCCAACCCAUUUUUAUUCUUCUAUGAAUUUCCUUUUCAUGAUCAGGGUUCCCUGUGAUCAGGUAACCUAGGUAAACAUACUUUUUCAUAGACUCUAGAGGCUGACUGACGAUCGGGAACUCUUGUUCCCUUGCCAAUCUAUCUUUUUUAUGAUUAGACAAAAACAAAGUUCAAGAAGCAAAAGGGAGGACGCACUCUUGCUUUGCCUUUGUCAAUGCAUCUUGACACCUCAGUACACUACAUAAGUUAGGUACCACUGUUUGUGGACCAUGUGAGCAACCAUCUGAAUUGCAGUGCUGUGUCUCCUGACAGCCCAGCACACCUACAGGAGUAUCAAUAGAAAAAUUUUGUGUGCCACUUGCUUUUUUAAGUUUUAGGUAGCUGUCAACUCCAUAAAUACAGUAUGAAGCCUCAAUUUCUUGAGAGGCAUCGGGAGUAAUUACAGCACCUUUUAUACCACCAUUAAAACUGUGUGUCAAGCACAGUGUGGCUUCGGACGUGAGAAAGGCAACUCAUCACGUUGCCAAAAGCUGGGGUGGUGGUCACAUGGCAACACAAACAGUUUAAGACCCCUGUACAAUGACCGUGUCGCCUACCUUGUCGCCAUAUUGGCCCGUCCAAUUGUGCGCUUCUCUUGAAAAUGCAGAGCAAACGCUCUCCCUUCUUGUUCCGUGGAGUGCUGAAUAGAAUUGGCUUUCGGCAGCAGGGUUGUGUGCAUGCAUCAGUGGUACCUGUACCAUGAGACCGCCACCAAAGGUUUCGAUGUCGUGUCUGGUUGGCCUUCCCACGGCCAAAGCCGCGCUGUAUUAUAGGCGCAUGUUUUGAACGUGACACAUAAAAAAGGUAAUGUAUUAUUGUCGCACUCUCCGGAAAGUGAGGCUCCAUAGUGUAAUUAUUAGGUUGAUGGCUCUCCUACAAAGCCAUAAAAACAAAACAAAAUUUUGUGUUGGGGCUCAUUUCGUAGUCACAGUUGCAGCUAGAAAUGUAGUCAUAUGUGUGCAAAUGUGGUCAACUGUGUGCGUCCACACGAGAGCGUUCCAAUUAAUUGGCUUAAAUUGUAGACAGUAAGUAAAAAAAAUAUUUAAGGCCAUCUGCAUGCAAGCAAAGAACCCUUUCAGAUGGAUGUAGUCCAUUAUGGAGCAUAUAAGGUUCUUGGCCAGCUGUGGCAGUGCUACUGAAUCUCUUGGGCAGCUGUUGUUGCACACAAAAUGAAUGUACUCGACACAGCCUUGAAACCAGGGAGCUGUGCAGUUUCGUUGAUGGUUCUAUAAUCGGCACACAUAUGUUAUAUAACCUACAUACUCAAUAGUACAUGUCGGAAGAGCUAAGGUCAGGACUAGUUAGUACAGUUUGAGAUGUAGUGCCAGAAUAACAGACAUAAAAGAAAGGAUGCAGGAAAGGUGCUUCGCUCCCACGUUUUCUUGCCCUUUAGUUGUAUCAGUAGCAUGUUUCAGUCAACACGUCAAAUACAUUUUGUUUAAGGUGUGCACCUUUUGCUGCUUUCUAAGCAUUUUUGGCUGUAAAGUGGUGGGUUGCAUUCACUGUGACAGCAAUCAGGGCAACAACUUUUUCUAUGUACAACAUUGCUGCAUAUCAAAGUGCUGGUUUACAUUUACUAUGACAGCCAUCAUGCUAACUUUUUCUAUGCACUCACAACCCAUGUGGUCAUUUGUGCCUUGUGCUACAUUUAUAUUUGUGGAGAACAGGCUACUGUGAUAUUUUGCAACACAUUCAAACCUAUAUAAAUCCCUGCCAUCUCUAUAUAUUUACUAUGUAUACUCGAGACAGCUUUCCUCUCAUUUUUAUAGUAUUCAUUAUGCAUGUGCUUUUUACUUGUCAACACAUUCAUAUUCUUUGUUCGAAAUUCUGCAUUAUUGCAAAGCUGUCUCAAACGCUUCAAGUGUACGUUUAAUGAAGAUGCCAAUGAAGAUGCAAUGAAGAUGCCUUGGUUAGUGUGUUGGCACUUUUUGAUGGUAUCUUCAAGGGCAACAAGUGUGGUUAUUUCUUAUGUUAAAAAUGUAUGCUGUUUCAACUCGCUUAUCAAUGCUUCCAUUGUUAUAUAUGCUCCUGUUUUGAGGCUAACAAUGGUGCCAAUCUUCUGAUAGUGUUUCGAAAAGUGGCACGAAGAAAUCUGAAGUGACCAAAGUGGGGGCAAGAAAGGAAAUCCUGGGGCUUGAUGAAGACAAGUCUCCCUGUCAAAAUGUUGGCUCUAUCCAGAAUGUUUGAUGCGAAAGCAUUAUAUACCCCAUUAUGCGAAAAUCUGUCGGCGUAGUAGCCGUGACUGAAAGAUGGUACCACAAAUCGCCAACGGCGCAAAGAGUAAAAGAAUGUAAAGAAAUGCUCAGAUUGACAUCAAAUUUCUCAGACAGGUUCCUGUAAACAAAGCAAAUUAAUGGCUUUGCAAACAAAAUUUGCUAAAUUUCUGUCUGGGUAGAAAUCGAACCAGGACCUAAGGGGUGUGAGACAAGCACACUUCCCUGGCUCCGUGGCUCUGGCUGACUAAAGGUGUCUAGUGCAUGUGUCACUUCAGACGUCAAGUCACAGCUGACUGCGAAGAACUGACUAAAGGUGUAGCCUAGUGCGUGCAUCAUUGGACAUGCGACGGUGCAGCCACUGGGGAGGAGGUGCUGCCACGUCACGAGCACAGAACAUCAGUGCGUUUAUGACGUUCUGAAGUCUACAAACGGUACAUUGCUUUCGCAUCCCCACACAUAAGCAGUCUGAAGUGUGUCUGCCGAAUUUUUCUUUUUUUGGGCCUUUCUGUGUCCCCUUUUUAUUAAAAAAUAAUUUUAGCAUGUUUUGCCAACAUAGUACAGGCUUAGGCACGUGAUACACGGUGGUCUGUCUCGAAGUACUUAAAGAAGUUGACGUAGAGCUGCAAGCGAAACUUUGGAGACCAAUGGUGCUGUGAAAAAGGUUCUUCGCCGCCUGGGCAUGCCAACUGACAGAGUGGUACAGCCGUCAUGCACGUGUUUGACCAACGCAAUGUAUUGAAGCAAUUUUACAUUGUAAAGUUGUGUAGGAAUAAAUAAAAAAUUUUGUUGAUGCCAUGGU